AUGACUGUUACAUGGAGUUUAUUCACAAUUCUGAGUUUGAUAGGUUAUACGGAAUCAAAGUGCUCUCCGACAUCUUACUACAAAAAUUGUUGGAUUAGACGAUUUCCUGGCCUUUAUAUUGAUGUUGAAGAGUCUCAAAGAAGAGGUGCCCAACUUCUCAAUUUUUACCAAGAGGAGACUGCGCUGAAAUGCAGCAGAACAUGUUGCCUCACGCGAAACUUUUCCUGUAACCUGGCCGUGUUCCAUUACAAUACAUCUCAAGAGACAGUCAACUGUUUCCAUCUCCACUGCCCCUCAUUAGAAAGCUGCAUCCUUCGACAGAGGCGCAAUGCCAUUUUAUACAAUGUCACAAAAGGUGUGGAUCCUGACCUCUUGGUAUUUGGCAAAUCCUUCACCACAAACCUACUUCUGUGGCCACACAUGGCCUCCUCCAGACUUAAUGCCUCAGAGCCACUGGCCUCAGACAAGCGCCAGUUCAACCGCCCACCCAUCCAGCCUCCAACCCCUGUACCAGCUAAAGAGCAAACAACCUUUCCACAGAGCUCGGCAAAGGUCUCUACCGCCUCGACAAGACAUACACAACCCACAGAGGAGGCACUCAAUGCCUCCAUUGCUCCCACAGCCCUGACCAAUGGGAAGACCCAGCCCUCCAGCUCAACUUCUUCCCAAGGAUUAACUUCAGGGCCACAUAAACUAACCACACCAUGGCAAAACACCAAACUAACAUCUCAAUAUGAAACACCAGUUUCACAGAACAUAAUAGCAUCUCUCCAUCAAAUCACCCCAUUACCGACACAGCAAACACCAGCUUCCCUGCAUGCAAACCCAUUGCGGCAACACACAACUCCUCCUACCCAUCAUGCGACUUCUGAACCACCUACAACCAAAUCAACACUAUUCACAGAGGCUAGAAACCCUACGACGAUGGCUGCUCCUGUCAACAUUGAUGGUGGCCAGCUGUACCCCAAUGACACUAAAGGCUACGUCAGUCGGAACCACACAUCUGGAGAGGUUCCGGAACCUGGGGACCUGUCACCGGUGUGGCACCUGGCAGCAAACACACUGCUGAUAGCCGCGGCAACCUGUUCGGCUGUGCUGGUGGGUUGCUGCUGCAGUGUGGUGGUGGUUGUGAGCUGGAGGGGUCGGAGGAGGAAGAAGGGCCGCUACAGGACAUCCUUGAGAGGAAAGAAGAGCUCAAUGCGCCUAGUCAAGUACGUUAUCGUCCGGGAGAGCUUGUGA